AAUAAUUGGCGUCCCAGGACGGGGCAUGGCGGUAUGCUCGUAAAUUAUGUAUAAAUACCAAAAUUAGGGUUCCGCUCCAUUCAUAGCUGUCGAUAGGCAUCCAAAGCAGGGAGACUUUCGCUCUCGACGGCUUUUCCACUCGAUCAUCCGUUGCUUUCCAAGAUUCCAUUAGAUACAGAAAAUGCCGAAGACAAGAGCAAGAGCUGCUGCUGCUGCUAAGGUAACUGAGCCUGUAAUGCCCGCUGAGCCUGAAGAGCAGGUGGAACUUGAUGGCUAUGAAGAAAUGGAAGAAGAGGUUGAAUAUGAAGAAAUUGAGGAAGAAGUAGAGGAGUUGGAAGAAGAAGAGGAAGAGGUGUUGGAGGAAGAAGAAGAAGAAGUAGAAGUAGAAGAAGAAGAAGGAGCUGAUGAGGGGAGUGAUAAUGAUCUUGUUAAUGGUGCACCUACAGAAGCCAGUGUAACUUUGGCCAUUAAAGAUCCUGUGAAAGAGGAUGGUGAAAACCUGGAUGAUGAAAGCAAGAAGCAUGCUGAACUACUUGAGCUUCCUCCACAUGGAUCGGAGGUAUAUGUUGGAAGCAUACAUCCUGAUGCAACUGAAGAAGAGUUAAGAAGCUUUUGUGAACCAGCAGGCGAAGUUACUGAAGUUAGAAUGAUGAAAGGCAAAGAUUCAUCAGAGAAUAAAGGUUAUGCCUUUGUUACUUUCAGGACAAGGGAGCUGGCUGCAACAGCUAUUGAGAAACUGAACAAUACUGAAUUCAAGGGCAAGAGGAUCAAAUGUUCUGCGUCUCAAGCAAAACAUAGGCUGUUUUUAGGUAAUAUUCCCAGAAGCUGGUCUGAGGAUGAUUUAAAGAAGGCUGUGCUGGAGAUUGGCCCGGGAGUUACUAGUGUGGACUUGAUGAAGGAUCCACAAAAUUCUAGCCGCAACCGAGGAUUCGCUUUUAUUGAGUUCUACAAUCAUGCUUGUGCUGAAUAUGCAAGGAAAAAAAUGGCAGUUCCAAAGUUCAAAUUAGAUUCUAAUGCCCCUACUGUAAGCUGGGCUGAUCCUAAAAGUGGAGAUUCAUCUUCUCAAAUAAAGUCAGUUUAUGUUAAAAAUUUACCCAAGGAUGUUAGCCAAGAUCAGUUGAAGAAGCUAUUCGAACACCAUGGGGAAAUUUCAAAGGUCGUAUUGCCUCCUGCAAAGUCUGGGCAGGAAAAGAGAUUUGGCUUUGUUCAUUUCGCAGAAAGAUCAUCCGCCAUGAAGGCACUUAAAAACACCGAGAGAUAUGAAAUUAAUGGUGAAAUUCUCGAGUGUUCCCUCGCAAAACCACCAGCUGAUAAGAAGGCGGAGUCUGGAUCCGGUUCACAUAAAGGUGCUCUCCUUCCAAAUUAUGCUGCUGGUCGUGUUGGAUAUGGAAUCAUGGGAGGCGCUUAUGGUCCUCUUUCUCCAGGUUUUACACCGACCAUGUUAUAUGGAAACAGACAUGCUGCAGGCACCGCAAUGGUGCCCAUAAUGUUACCUGAUGGGCGCAUUGCUUAUGUUGUGCAACAACCUGGAGUGCCAAUAACUCCGCCAUCUCGCGGCGGCAGUAAAUCUGGCAGUAGCCGUAAAGGAAAUGACAACAGCCGGGGACGCCGCUACAAUCCAUACUAGGCUUCGAUGUAACAAUGUCAUUGUAGUAAGUACUAGUGUUUCACUGAAGAACCUGUAGCUGAGACUGUUUUCUUUGUUGCCUUAAAAGAAAUUGCAAGCUUUGUAGUUUUUAUCUCUGGUAUUGUGUUUUGUAAUUUAUGCAUCAUGAAAUUUUAUCGAGUGCUAAGACAUUUCUGUUCUGUUA